GCAAAUUGGCCUACUAAGUAGCACGACGCUUGAUUGAUAUCGCGAGUUCUGCUUCCACCACCGGCGGAGCUUGCGGACGAGGCGAUAGCCUGGUGCAUAUGGCGCUUGCUGAGUGGGCGCUCGCACGUUCUGUCGCUGGACGAUUCCUGACCAAUGACGUGCUAUGUACUGUAAGCGCGUGGAUGCCUCCUGUGCAUACUUCCGCGGACGGCCCCUUGUGGCACUCGAAGCGCGUUCGCAACACUCGGGAGUCGGAGCGAGAGAAGAAAGAUUGGACGCCAGACAUGCGUAUGGUUCAUGUAAUCUCCGGCGCGCACUUGGGGUUUGGCACGGGUGUGAGAUUUUCAGGUUUCGGCUGAGCAGCGCAUGAGAUUCAUCAUGAUUGGGUGUCUGUCAGUGAGGUGGGCAUGGAUAGGACGGGCACGCACUGGCAGCGGAUGCUUUGCAGUAGAGACCACAUUACGGGGCGCCGUUAUCGAUUCCAUGACAUGUGCUGACAAUGUGUAGGCGACGGUCGACUUCGGUUGCCCCAGACCAAUGGGCCAGCGUUCUGACUUGAUUUCAUCCUCGGAUACUCUCACUGGGCGCUUCUUUGGACGAAGACCCUACCGCUACCUCCGACUGGCGGACAGAUGCAACAGCAGACAGAUAGACCGACAACCUCUUGCUCCGAGGACCAAAGCCCCGUACUGAUUUGAGUGGGAAACAAUGGGACAAUCAUCUCCAGCUUUUCUUUGAGCGCCUUCUCCAAUCUGGCAGCACGUCGACCUCGGUGAGUAAUAGCUAAUCAUUUGUCGCAUCAGGAUGCUACUCCCAUCAUUGCAUGGCUCGCGUUGCACCUGGAGUCGAUCAGUGAUGUUGUCUGGAGACUCGGUGCGCCUCUCCGGACUCGAAGCCUUUCUAUUCUCGGUUCCAUGCUUCACCCUGGGGCUGACGGAGGAGCUCUAGACCGCGUUCGCUUGCGCGUCUCUUACAUCGCGCUCGUGCAGCACGCUUCCUC